UCCCGAAUCCCGAAUCCCAAAUCCCAAAUCCCGCCGGCGCUCCGAUCCUGCGUAAAAAUCUGGGAAUUCUGCUGGGAAACACACGGCGUAGUGGGAUUUCCGUUUCCCUCAGACGUCGGCGUUCCCGGGAGAGUUCGAAUCGUGGGGUUUCGGGAUAAAUCGGAACGCCAAUAGAAUUCCGGGUGAUUUUUUUGUUUUGUUUUUUUUCCUGAAGUUGGGCGCGGAAUCGUAAAUGCCGCAGAGAUGAUGUGCGAGGUGAUGCCCACGAUCUCGGAGGACGGCCGGGGCGGAGCGGGCGGCCAGUCGUCCCCGGCGGGAGGAGGCGGCGGCGGCGGGCUGGGAGGAGGCGGCGGCGGGGGGGUGGGAGGGGUGGGCGGGUACGGCGGGCGGGAUCCUCGCGGCGGCGGCGGAGGAGGAGGAGGAGGGAGCGGGGAGGACGGCGGGAGCAGCACGGGGAACCUGGAGUCGCUGAUGGUGAACAUGCUGACGGAGCGAGAGCGACUCCUCGAGAGCCUCAGGGACACGCAGGAAAGUCUCUCCACCGCCCACCUCCGACUCCGAGAACUCGGACACGAGAAGGACAGUCUCCAGAGACAACUGUCCAUCGCCCUGCCGCAGGAGUUUGCAGUUCUGACCAAAGAGCUGAACCUGUGUCGAGAACAACUCCUGGAACGAGAGGAAGAGAUCGCCGAGCUCAAGGCCGAACGCAACAACACGCGGCUCCUGCUGGAACACCUGGAGUGCCUGGUCUCUCGUCAUGAGCGGAGUUUGAGGAUGACGGUGGUGAAGCGUCAGGCCCAGAGUCCGGCGGGCGUGUCCAGCGAGGUGGAGGUGCUCAAGGCGCUCAAGUCCCUGUUCGAACACCACAAAGCUCUGGACGAGAAGGUGCGCGAGAGGCUGCGGGUGGCGCUGGAGAGGGUGGCGGCGCUGGAGGAGGAGCUGCAGUCUUCAUCUCAGGAGGUGGUGACUCUCCGGGAGCAGAUCAAGCGCAGACAGCAGGGACUGGACAACGGCAAAGAGCGUCUCCCGAACGGCCCGUCCUCGCUCCUGGACGAUGGAGAGAUGGAGCGACAGAGGGAGGGAGAGAUUGAGCGGCAGAGGUCAGAGCUCGGGCAGCUGAAGGAGCGACUGGCCCUCAUGUGUCGACAGGUGGGAGAAAUCGAGGAGCAGCUGACGUCAGCGCGCAGAGAACUGGCCCGAUCCGAAGAGGCCAACCAGAAACUACAGCGCGACGUCAAAGAGGCGCUGUGUCAGAGGGAGGACAUGGAGGAGCGCAUCACCACUCUGGAGCGCAGGUACCUGGCCGCCCAGCGGGAGGCGACGUCUCUCCACGACAUCAAAGACAAACUGGAGAACGAGUUGGCCAGCAAGGACUCCCUCUACAGACAGAGCGAGGAGAAGAACCGUCAGCUUCAGGAGCGACUGGACGAUGCCAAACAGAAGCUUCAGCAGACGCUCCAGAGAGCAGAGACUCUGCCCGAGGUGGAGGCACAGCUCGCCCAGAGGGUGGCAGCACUGAGCAAGGCGGAGGAGAGACACGGUAACUUUGAGGAGCGUCUGCGUCAGAUGGAGGCUCAGCUGGAGGAGAAGAACCAGGAGCUGCAGAGGGCUCGGCAGAGGGAGAGAAUGAACGACGAGCAUAACAAACGUCUGAGCGACACGGUGGACAAGCUCCUGUCCGAGUCCAACGAGCGUCUGCAGCUGCACCUCAAGGAGAGGAUGGCCGCCCUGGAGGAGAAGAACGCUCUGUCUGAGGAACUGUCCAACAUGAAGAAGCUCCAGGACGACCUCUUGGCCAAUAAGGAUCAGCUGAUCGCGGAGCUGGAGCGAAUUCAGCUCGAACUGGACCAACUCAGAGCCCGACCCGGAGGAAACUACUCCAGUCGCUCGCUCCCCGGCAGUGCGCUGGAGCUGCGUUACUCUCACGGCGGCGGUUCUCUUCCGUCUGGGUCUCAUCUGGACAUGUUCGGUCACGCCACGGUGGGUCCGGUCGUUCGCCGCAGUCACCGCGCCCGAUGGAGCUCCGCCCGCGACGACGCCACCAAGUACCCGGACUGGGACAGCGCCGCCCUGCUGGUGUCCGGGUUCGACCGCGGGGUGGAGGUGGGCUGCUCCGACGAGGAAGAGGACGGGGACGGGCUCUUCGGCUCCGAGCUGCUGUCUCCCAGCGGACAGACCGACGUGCAGACGCUCGCCAUAAUGCUGCAGGAACAACUGGAGGCCAUCAACAAGGAGAUCAAACUGAUCCAGGAGGAGAAGGAGAACACGGAGCUUCGUGCGGAGGAGAUCCAGAGUCGCGUGAGCGUGUCUCUGGACAGUCCUCCUCUGGCUCCGUCGACUCUGGGCCGGGACGGGGGCGGGCGCUCGUACAUGUCGUCCUCCAUCACCUCGUCCACGCUGGCGUCGCCGUCUCCGCCCAGCUCGGGCCACUCCACGCCGCGGCUGCCCCACUCGCCCGCGCGCGACUCCGACAGGCAGGAGGAGCGCUCCCUCCUGGACUCGGCUCCUCGAGCUCUGCGUCUGGACAGAACCACCCUCACUCACCCUGGAGCUCUGCUGGACGACCCCCGGGACUAUCGCAGUCUCUCGGUGGACGGCAGCUGCACCAACAGCACCAACAGCAGCCAGGACUCACUGCACAAGAAGAAGAAGAGCAUCAAGUCGUCCAUCGGGCGCCUGUUUGGAAAGAAAGAGAAAGGACGGAUGGGACAACCAGGCAGGGACGGGCCCGCCUCCCUGGCGUCCACUCCGUCUGAGGACCUGGGCCCUGGAGACUCCAUGACUCUGAGUAAAACCGGGACUCUGGGACCUGCCGACAAAGACCGACGCAACAAGAAGAAACAUGAGCUGCUGGAGGAGGCGUGUCGUCAGGGUCUCCCCUUCGCCUCCUGGGACGGUCCCACCGUGGUGUCGUGGCUCGAGCUGUGGGUGGGCAUGCCGGCGUGGUACGUGGCGGCGUGUCGCUCUAACGUGAAGAGUGGGGCGAUCAUGGCGAACCUGUCGGACACCGAGAUCCAGAGGGAGAUCGGCAUCAGUAACCCGCUGCACCGCCUCAAACUGCGCCUCGCCAUCCAGGAGAUGGUGUCGCUGACCAGCCCGUCCGCGCCCGCCACCACCGGAUCUUCGACGAGUAACGUGUGGAUGACUCACGCGGAGAUGGAGUCUCUGAACGCCGCCACCAAGCCGCCCGAGCUUAAGGAGUUCAGCUGGGACCAGAUCCUGGCGUACGGGGACAUGAAUCACGAGUGGGUGGGGAACGAGUGGCUCCCGAGUCUGGGCCUGCCUCAGUACAGGUCCUACUUCAUGGAGUCUCUGGUCGACGCCCGAAUGUUGGACCAUCUGACCAAGAAGGAGCUGAGGGGACAACUCAAGAUGGUCGACAGCUUCCACAGGGUCAGCAUGCAUUACGGCAUCAUGUGCCUGAAGCGCCUGAACUACGACAGGAAAGAGCUGGAGCGGAGGAGGGAGGAGAGCGCCACCGUCAACAACGAUGUGAUGGUUUGGUCGAACGAGCGCGUGAUGCUGUGGGUCACGUCCAUCGGGUUGAAGGAAUACGCCGACAACCUCCGAGAGAGCGGCGUCCAUGGGGCUCUGCUCGCUCUGGACGACACGUUUGACUACACCGACCUGGCCCUGCUGCUGCAGAUCCCCAACCAGAACACACAGGCUCGUCAGGUUCUGGAGCAGGAGUAUAAUUCUCUCAUCUCCAUGGGAACAGAGCGACGACCUGACGAGGACGGGGCCAAAGACCUUCUCUCGCUCUCCGUCCUGGAGGAAGAUGUUCAGGGAGAAGGAUCUCCGCGGCGUCACGUCCGACUCGGCCGAGACGCUGCCGGCGAACUUCAGAGCGUCCGCCCUGGCCACGCCCCUCACCACCACGCCCGCCGUCACCCUGAGGAAAGUCAAACCUACUCCCGAACCUCGAAACCUCGAACCCUCGAACCCUCGAACCUCGAACCCCGAACCUCGAACCCCGAACCUCGAACCCCGAACCCCGAACCCGAACCCGAACCCCGAACCUCGAACGAACCCCGAACCCUCGAACCCCGAACCUCCGAACCUCGAAACCCCGAACCUCGAACCCUGAACCUCGAACCCCGAACCUCGAACCCGAAACCCAACCCGAACCCCGAACCUCGAAACCCGAACCCCGAACCUCGAACAAACCUCGAACCCCGAACCCGAACCCCGAACCCCGAACCUCGAACCCGAACCUCGAACCCCGAACCUCGAACCCCGAACCUCGAACCCCGAACGAACCUCGAACCUCGAACCUCGAACCCCGAACCCUCGAACCCGAACAACCUCGAACCCUCAGUCCUCAUACACUGA